GGUGGCUCAGUUGGUUAAGCGACUGCCUUCGGCUCAGGUCAUGAUCCUGGAGUCCCGGGAUCGAGUCCCGCAUCGGGCUACCUGCUCGGCGGGGGGUCUGCUUCUCCCUCUGCCCUCUUCCCUCUCGUGCUGUCUCUCAUUCUCUCUCUCUCAAAUAAAUAAAUAAAAUAAAAUCUUAAAAAAAAAAAAAAACAGAAGCCCAAAGUGAUCCGAAGUGAUGGAGCUCCAGCUGAAGGGAAGCGUAACCAUUCUGACACAGAGCAGAAAGGUAAAUACUACAGUGAGGAGGCUGAAGUGAACCCGCGGGACCCUGGCAGAGACUAUGAACUGUACAAGUACACAUGCCAGGAGUUGCAGAGGCUCAUGGCUGAGAUCCAGGACCUGAAGAGCAGAGAAGGCAAGGAUGUGGCAGUUGAGAUAGAAGUUCGGAGGAUCCAGAGCUGUGUGCGUUUCGUGGCUCUAAAGAAGCUUAAUCGAUUAGCCCACAUCAGGUUAAAUAAAGGAAGAGAUCAGACGCAUGAGGCCAAGCAGAAAGUAGACGCUUAUCACCUGCAGCAGCAGAACCUGUUGUAUGAGGUGAUGCACCUGCAGAAAGAGAUCACCAAAUGUCUGGAGUUUAAGUCAAAGCAUGAAGAAAUUGAUCUGGUCAGUUUAGAGGAAUUUUAUAAGGAGGCUCCUCCCGAUAUUAGCAAGGAUGCAGUCACCAUGGGAGACCCUCACCAGCAAACCCUUGCACGUCUGGACUGGGAACUGGAACAGCGGAAAAGGCUGGCAGAGAAGUACCAGGAGUGCCUGUCCAACAAGGAGAAGAUCCUUAAGGAGACUGAGGUGAAGAAGGAGUCAAGCAACCUCCAGCCUCGCCUCAGUAGCAUCCUGCAGGCUUCCCUCCCCGUGCAAGAAUACCUGUUUAUGCCAUUUGACCAGGCUCACAAGCAAUAUGAGACAGCUAGACACCUGCCACAUCCCCUCUGUGUCCUCUUUGUCCAAGCCACUGCAUAUGGGCAGGCCUGUGAUAAGACCUUGUCUGUGACAAUUGAAGGCAGUGUGGAUGAAGCCAAGGCUCUCUUUAAGCCUCCUGAAGACUCCCAAGAUGACGAGAGCGGCUCGGAUGCUGAGGAGGAGCAGACCACGAAAUGCCGGCGACCCACACUGCUGCUCUUUGGGGAAGUGGAGGCCACACAGCUUUUGUACCCACAAAUAGGGGUGACCUAGGUCAAAUAUGUAGUCUCUCAAAGUCAGGAUGCCAACUUUAUCAAACUGAUACUGAUUGGCUGGAUUUGGAGUUUUCUUUCUGUGGUCCUCUGGACACAAACAGCUCAGGGCUGAGUCAGGAGACAGCAAGUCACCUGCACUGAUGCGGGUGAUCAGCUCCGUGGCAGUUGUCACUUUGGCUUUUACCGUCAUGAUGUUGAGGUUCAUGAGGUAGUAGAAAGUCAGCUGAAGCAAGCUGUUAUCUUUGCACUUCAGGUCCAGCAUG